AUGCAUGGCAUCUGGACUAGAUUGCAACAGGUGAAACAAGGAUUGAAAAACCUAAACACUAAGGAGUAUUCAAGGAUAGGUGAGAAGGUGGAGGAAUGCAGGAAACUCUUGGCUGAAAUCCAAGUCCAAUCAAGAGAUCCAAAUGAACAGGUGGUACUAGUUGAGAGGGCAAAGGAGCUUAAAAUGCAGUUAGAAAAAUGGAUAUCUAUUUAUGAGAGCAUUCUCAAGCAUAAAUCAAGAGUUAAAUGGCUACACCUGGGAGACUCAAACAAUGCAUACUUCUUUGCGUGCAUGAAGAACAUGGUGGCCCAUAAUCAAAUAAGACGGUUGAAUACACUGGAUGGCAACAUUGAACACACAGAAAGAGAGGUGGAGACAGAAAUCUUAAAAUUCUAUCAAAGUUUGCUAGGAUCUGCUGGAACAUGCCCUCCUGUUGUUCAAUUGGAUAUAUUUCAGGAACGAAAUAGACUUAGCAGAGAUCAACAAUUACAGCUAAUCUCACCUGUGACUGAUAAGGAAAUUUUCAAUGCUUUGAUGGACAUUGAUGAUCAGAAGGCCCCUGGAUGUGAUGGCUUUAANAGUGACACUCAUACCGAAAGUAAGGAACCCUCUUAG